CAUAUCAUUCGACUCUAUUAGAAGUGUAUAGUUCAUGGUUAAAUAAAAAGUUUUGUGAUAGAAUUUUAUAAACAUUCUGUAUUUAAAUAGGAUUUAAUAAUUGUGCUACAUAUAGAUUGUUUGUAUAAUCAUUAAUAAAAGAGUAUCGUUUACUUGAAGAAAUUACUAGAAUAAUUAAGGAUUUGUUCAACAAGACGAAAAAUGGCAUUAAUUAGAAGAGCAACUCAUGCUGGUAGUUGGUACGCAGGCUCUGGUUCCGAGUUAAAUAAGCAAUUAGAAGGUUGGUUGGGUGCAGCAGACUUAUCACAUGGACCUGCUAGGGCAAUUAUUGCCCCACAUGCAGGUUACAACUAUUGUGGAGCAUGUGCUGGUUUUGCAUAUCGCCAGAUUAGUCCUGUUGUUGUUCGUAGGAUAUUUAUUCUGGGUCCAUCACAUCAUGUGAGAUUAACAGGCUGUGCUCUUUCUUCUGCUUCGAUUUAUCAAACACCAUUGUAUGAUCUACAUAUUGAUCAACAAGUAUGCAGAGAACUUGAGGAAACUAGACAUUUUGAAUGGAUGGAUUUAAAUACGGAUGAGGAGGAACACAGCAUUGAAAUGCAAUUACCGUUCAUAGCAAAAGUCAUGGAAGGGUUUAAAGAUUCUUUCACUAUAAUUCCUAUACUCGUCGGAUCAUUAAGUCCAGAAAGAGAGGCACUUUAUGGAAGAUUAUUAGCGCCAUACAUGGCUGACCCACAAACGUUAUUUGUUAUUUCUUCGGAUUUCUGUCACUGGGGACAGCGUUUCCGUUAUACAUACUACAAUAGAUCAUGUGGUCCUAUUCAUAGAUCUAUUCAAAAUCUCGAUAAAAUGGGUAUGGAUAUUAUAGAAAAUUUAAAUCCUACAGUAUUUACCGAUUACCUUAAAAAAUACGGUAACACUAUAUGUGGUCGUCAUCCUAUCAGCGUUUUAUUGCAGGCGAUUCACAGUUUAAAAGGGAAUACCAAUGGCCAAAGAAUGAACCUGAAGUUUUUAAAGUAUACUCAAAGCAAUCAAUGCAAUAACAUGAAUGACAGUUCUGUUAGUUAUGCCAGUGCUUCCUUAGUUCUCGAGUGAUAAGAUUUACACCUUCAAGAUUAUUAUUACCAGUCAAGAAAUUUACACGGGAAAAGAAAGUACUAAAAAAAACGACAGUAAUAAUCUAUCGAGCAUCAAAUGCAUUAAUCGACAGUUUUUUUUAAGCAUUUCCUUUUUUCUUUUAUACGCAUGGAAAAUGAUAAAAAUGAAAUCGAGUAAAAAUUUCUCGUAUUAAAUUUCCUUAGCUUUUAAUGAAAGGAUACAUUCGUUUUUGCAAUAAAUGUCAUGAAUAGAAAUAUAUUAUUACAAAGUGUUUUAUGUGAACGCAUUUCGGUGUAUUACUUACAAGGAAUAAUCAGUACUUCCAGAUUAUAAUUAUGGAAGGAGCUUAAGUAUUUCUUUGCUUUGAUUAUUACUACCUAUAUAAUUGUGCAAAUAAGAGUAAUAUAAAGUGUGUCAUGAAAGUACAAAAGAAGUACAGAGUUCAAUCUAUCGAUGAAGGAGAGAUCACUAACAAAUUAAUACUUAAUGGUGUUAAUAUAUUUCUUUUGACAAUUUUAACGAGAAAAAUAUAUAUUAUAAAUUCGAACUGUUAAAACUAUUAGCUGGAAGAAUAAUUUAAAAGGUAGUAUUUUCUUUUCUAGAGCACCGUAACGUGUAUUUAUAGAUUAUAGUCUGAACGUAACGUAGGUCUAUACAAUAGUGUUUAUUACACGAAUUCCUUGUGUUGUGAAAACGUACUACUAGCGUGAAAUUAUUUAUUUUAUAAAAUCUGAGAAAAAAUGUUGGUUUAGCAACAUUUGCAAUAUAUUUAUGUUUCAUGGAUUAACGAAUAUUAAAGAGGAAAAUAAAUAAAAGAUGUCCUUUAUUUUUAUAUAUAUUCUUGUGUUUUUAUAUGCAUUAUGUGUCUCAGGGAUAUAGUUAAAAAACUAAAGAGCUAAGUUUGAAAUAUAUCUCUUCUACAUCUUUAGCUUGAACAGUCUGCAUUGAUUAUCAAACAGAACAGUUAUUACGAAUAUGCAGAUUGCAACUUAAGUAUGUUCUCUUUGAAACAAAGCAAUGAAAUGAUCUCAAAUCCUUCCUGCCCUACAAUUUCUUGUUGUUUUUCGUUAGAAUAGGAUGUUAACACGUUCGCUGCUAUAAACGUCAUAUUCAUGAUGCCACGAUUGAUUUUAUAACCUUACGAUAGGAGCGAACGUGUUAAAGAAAAGAAUAAUAUAAAUGUACUGCCACAAAAUGUUAUGCUAUGAGCGUAAAGAAGGAUCAGAGUGUAAGAUAUUUUAAGAUAUAUCACUUAUAUCUUUAUUUCUUAUGAGUUAUCGAUGUUUAUGUUACCGCAUAAAAUUCUAAUAGCAAAUCUUGUACGUUUUUCUAUUAAACUUGUUUUAUAAUAAACUAAUCAUUCUUUUUAA